UGGUGCUGCGGUUUGCGGGGAUGAAAGCUUGAUAAACGUCUCGUCAGACACCAAAUUAACAAAUCUUAGUAUGCGGAGCAGCGAACUUACUUGAGGUUGUGGAAAACUUUGGAUGGGAUCAUCUUUGGUGCAUUGGGAACAUGGAUCUCGGACUGCCGUUUAACUCUGGUGGUACCGUCACUGAAAAGCAGCAGAUUGACUUGUUGAACACGAUGAUGAAAGAAGAAGAUAUAAAAGAGGAGCAAUGUGAUCAUAUGAUUUCAUGUCAAGAAGAAGACGAAAAGCCAUUCGUGGACUUUAACUGUCAAACUGAAAUAGACUUUGCCGAGUCCAACGUUAGUUACAAUGAAACACAACAGAUAGCAGCGGAGAUUGAAGUGAAAAUUGAAGAAGAAGAAGAAGAAAAAGAAGAAGAGUCCAACGGUACUUACACUGAAACACAACAGACAGCAGCGGAGAUUGAAGUUAAGAUUGAAGAAGAGGAGUCCAACGUUAGUUACAAUGAAACACAACAGACAGCAGCGGAGAUUGAAGUGAAGAUUGAAGAGCAGGAUGAUCCGCUAGGAAGUACACCAGAAGACCAAACUUUAACACAACUGGAGAUCCAUGGACGGAAUGAUGAACUCGACCUGCAACAUAAAGGAAGUCUCUACAACGGCACAGUCCGCAGGAAGAGUUUCAUCACAAUGAGUGAACUUGAGACACAUCAGCAAAUACACACUGUUGACUUGAAUCUAAAGAAGAACACCGUCAAAAGGCCUCAUGAAUGUCUAGAAUGUGACAAAACAUUUACGUCUCAAACACGUCUUGAGGUACAUAUGAGAACGCAUGCCGUAGAGAAGCCUCAUGAAUGUGCUCAGUGUGGAAAAGGUUUUUCAUACCGUUCAACUCUUAAAAGCCACAUGCUAAUACACACUGGGGCGAAGCCUCAUGGAUGCACCCUGUGUGAAAAAGCUUUUCUAAAGUCCUCCGAUCUUAAGCGCCACAUGCUUUCACACACUAAAGAAAAGCAGAAGCAGAAUACUAACAAACUCACUCAUCCGUGCGUCCAAUGCGGAAAAAGCUUUUCACAAAUUAGAUAUCUUAAAAUCCACAAUCUAAUUCAUACGGGAGAGAAGCCCCUUAUCUGUGCCCAGUGCGGAAAAGGUUUUUCAAACGUUGAACAUCUCAGAGCUCAUGUGCAAGUGCACACUGCAGAGAACCAUCACCAAUCUGCAUCUGAAGAUGGUAUAGACUAUAAGCUAACUCACACUGGAGAGAAGUCUUAUAAAUGUGCCCAGUGUGGAAAAGCAUUUAAAAGUUCCAAAGAUGUUAAACGCCACAUGCCAAUACACACUGCAGGGAAGCCCCAUAAAUGUGCCCAGUGUGGAAAAGCAUUUCGAAGGUCCAUCGAUAUGAAACGCCACAUGCAAAUACACACUGCAGAGAAGCCCCAUAAAUGUGCCCAGUGUGGAAAAGGUUUUACAGAAAUGAGGCGGUUGAAAACUCAUAUGCUAGGACACACGGGUGAAAGGCCUCAUCAAUGUUCUCAGUGUGGAAAAGGUUUUACAGAAACGAUACAGUUGAAACGCCACAUGCAAAUACACUCUGGAGAGAAGCCCCAUAAAUGUGCCCAGUGUGGAAAAGGUUUUACACUAAUGACACAGUUGAAACGCCACAUGUUCAUACACACUGCAGAGAAGCCCCAUGAAUGUGCCCAGUGUGGAAAAGGUUUUACAGAAAUGAUGCAGUUGAAAACUCAUAUGCUAAGACACACAGGUGAGAAGCCUCAUCAAUGUACUCAGUGUGGAAAAGCUUUUACACGUUCUUCCAGUCUUAAAGACCACGUUUAUAUACACACUGGAGAGAUGCCUUAUCAAUGCACUCAGUGCGAAAAAGGUUUUUCAAAAAUGUCACAUCUUAGAACCCACAUGCUAAUUCACACUGGAGAGAAGUCCCAUGUCUGUGUCGACUGUGGAAAAUGUUUCUCAGGAAUUUCAAGUCUUAAAAGGCACAUGCUUACACACAUUGCUAGGAACCUGCAUAAAUGUGCACAAUGUGGAAUUUUUUUUUCACACGUUGAACAUCUCAAAGCUCAUAUGCAAGUGCACACUGCAGAGAAACAUCACCAAUCUGCAUCUGAAGAUGGUAAAGACUAUGAGGUAACUCACACGGGAGAAAAGCCUCAUAAAUGUGCCCAGUGUGGAAAAGCAUUUAAAAGCUCCAGAGAUGUUAAACGCCACAUGCCAAUACACGCUGCAGGGAGGCCCCAUAAAUGUGCCCAGUGUGGAAAAGCAUUUAAAAGCUCCAGAGAUGUUAAACGCCACAUGCCAAUACACACUGCAGGGAAGCCCCAUAAAUGUGCACAGUGUGGAAAAGCAUUUCAAAGGUCCGGCGAUAUUAAACGCCACAUGCAAACACACACUGCAGAGAAGGCCCAUAAAUGUGCCCAGUGUGGAAAAAGUUUUACACAAAUGAUACAGUUGAAAACUCAUAUGCUAAGACACGCGGGAGUGAAGCCUCAUCAAUGUACUCAGUGUGGAAAAGCUUUUACGCAUUCUUCCACUCUUAAAUGCCACAUUCGUAUACACACUGGAGAGAUGCCUUAUCAAUGCACUCAGUGUGAAAAAGGUUUUCCAUGUUUUUCUCUUCUUAACUGCCAUAUGCACAUACACACUGGAGAGAAGCCUCAUAAAUGUGCCCAUUGUGGAAAAGGAUUUUCACAAAUGUCAACUCUUAGCAUCCACGUGCGAACUCACACUGGAGAGAAGCCUCAUCAAUGUGUCCAGUGUGGGAAAGCUUUUAGAGACAUUUCAAGUCUUAAAAAACAUAUGAUGAGGCACACUGGCGAGAAUCCCUUUAAAUGUGCCUACUGCGGAAAAUCAUUUUCUAACAUUGCAAAACUCAAUGAUCAUAUUCAAACACACUCCGGAAAGAAGCCUCCAGAAUGUUUGAAAUCCAUUUUGACAUCACAUACUGGAGAGAACCCUCAUGAGUGUUCCAAAUCCAUUGUGACAUCACAUACGGGAGAGAACCCUCAUGAGUGUUCCAAAUCCAAUAGGACAUAAAACUGGAGUGAAACCUAAUGAGGACAGGAUCAUAGAAAGGCCUUAAUGAGUUUCAAAUCUUCGACAUCGAUCUUUGCUUUGGUUUAUGUAAAGCACCUUCAAUGACCCUGGUAUAUAAAAAGCGCUGUAUAAAUAAACUUUACUUGACCACAUGACUGUUCGCCGUCUAUGUUACAUGCACAGUUAAUUUGAGCAACAGUUAUUGUUCAGCUAUUGGACAGCACUGCUGUUUCUUGGCAGUGUUUCCCAGAUUCAGUUUCCAAGAAGGUUUUAAAUUCUAAGAACUUCUUAGGAGCGUUCUUAGAACGUUCUUAGAGCGCUCCUUAGAAGUUCUUUGUCAGUACCUUUCCGGCAGUGGCGGACCGUCAGGGCCUUCAAGGCCUUCUCUGAAGGCCUAAC